UGCAUUACUUUUUGGGGUAAGGACACCGGUUGCCACCCAGCAGUGAUGAUGAAGGGCAAAGGAGCCUCGGGUGUGAGACUGCAGCACGGUGCGCAGUGACCGGCUGCAUCCACUGGGGGAGGACCGAGCACCGCCUGCAUGCGCUGCGGUACAUGAACGACUUUCUCACCGAGGCUCUCCAUCAUCACACACACACACACACACACACACACACACACACACACAAUAGGAAGGAUACCGGAGUAUAGGUAGGGCUACAGCGGCAGACAGACAGAUGUGUGAUGCUCAGACUCAACCAUGGGGCCAUUUCCCCUCGCCUGUGUGAAGGUAAACUUUUACCCACCCUCGCAUCUUUUCGCCGUGAUCGUGUGGAGGUGUCAUUGAUGCCAACUCGCUGCUUGCACACCUGCUUCUUUUUUCUUCAAUGGUUAUUGCUGCCAGUAUACCAGGAGCGAUGCAGCAGAAACGGGGGCUGAAGUGGCGAUAGAUCCUGUUGAAUUGAGACAAGACGUCGAGACGCAGCCAAAAAGUGUCCUCCUCAGAGUGCGUCAGAGCACGGAUGUAUAUAGUGGAUGAUAUGGUCGCUGGCUGGAUACGACGAGGGAUUUGUGAUAUUACCCCCCAAAAUCCAGACGGAAAUUUGGGCAAAAGCGAAGAACUGCAUCCUCACGUAACCUACCCCUUCCUCCUCCUCCUCCUCCUCCUCCUCCAGCAGAUUUGUUUGUAGGGGGGCUGAGGCGAUUUCGUUUGGCCCCUUUUCACAUCUCCAGAGAGCAUCAGAUGAAUAAAGUCAUUCAGAUUCACCGGAGCUCCAUAAUAUAACAGCAAAGAUCCAGUUUUUUUUUUAUCUCAUCACAUAAAAUGGCAACCAGGAGUGACCACGGAGGAUCAAAAGACGCAUUUGGGCGCAAGCCGCGGUCGUGGAGAAUUUAACCACCUGAUGGGCACCGGAGAAAGCGAGGAGAGACUGUUUUGGUGUAGCUUGUUGACUUGGUGAUUUAUAAUGCUGAACAAAUAAAGGGCGCUGCAAGUUUGACACAGAGCGUCUGCGUAACAGGCUAUGCCACCGGGCCUUACAUAUUUUGGUAAUGAUGUCAUAAAAUAUUGGAGGCCUGUGUCUCCUACCAUGUAAGUAGCCACAUGGACUGCACUCAGCAUGGACUUGAUUGAGGUGCGUUUGUUAUUGUGACAUUCUCAUAUUCACAACUGAUUGGUCGAACCGGUUGAUGCCUCAUUAUCUCUCUCUGUGCGCUCCGAGCUGCAACUUUUAUCCUCUGGCCUGCAUCCACAUCGCCCUGAGGCGGUUACUGUAGCGCUCACGGACCGAACCGCUCAUUGACUUAAAAUGGAGUUUGCCAUGGUGGGCGCGGACGGCGGGUGCAAUAGUCACCUGCCUUACGGAUAUGCCCAAGCUCGCGCACGGGAGAGGGAGCGCGAGAGGGAGCGCCAGGUUGCCCAGUCUAGAGCGGCGGCUGCAGCGGCAGCUACCGAAGGUGGGUCCGGUGUGGAGGGAGGAGGCGGCGGCGGCGGCGGCGGCGUGGGGGGGUCCACCUCCACCUCCACCUCCUCCUCGAGCGCUCAUCUCCUUAACAACUGCCAGCAUCAGUCUCGCGCCGCCUCCUCCACGAGCGCCAACAUCAGCAGCGGCGGUACCGCCUCGCGCCCCUCCUCCUCCUCCACCUCCUCCUCGCAGCCGCCACAGCACCAGCAGGAGCCCGAGCAGCAGCAGAGAGUUCUCAGAGAGCGGAAAAAGGAGCGCGGCGUCGGACGGUGGAGACGCAGCCGGACCACUCUCGGCGGGGACCUGCGCCACUCGGAGCUGGCCCUGCUCGGAUCCGAGGAGGACAUGAUGAUAGAGGAGGAAGAGGCUGAGGGAGCCGAGGAAGAGGAGGAGGAGGAGGUGGAGGGGGACCGGGGAAGCAAGAGGUCGAGUUUUCUGUGUAACAUGGAUGAUGAGGAGGAAACCGUCUCGCUCACUGACAGGCGCCCUCAGUCCGGAUACGAAAAUGUUUACAGCGACUGCGGCUGCUGCGAGAGAGUUGUCAUUAACGUGUCGGGUCUGAAGUUUGAAACUCAGCUCAAGACUCUCACUCAGUUCCCGGACACUCUCCUGGGAGACCCCGACAAGCGAAUCAGGUACUUUGACCCGCUAAGGAACGAGUACUUCUUCGACCGGAACCGACCGAGUUUUGACGCCAUUCUUUACUAUUACCAGUCAGGGGGGCGGUUGAAAAGACCAGUCAAUGUCCCGUUUGACAUCUUCUCCGAGGAGGUGAAGUUUUAUGAACUCGGGGAAGAGGCGAUACUCAAGUUUCGGGAGGAUGAGGGUUUUGUCAAAGAGGAGGAAAAACCUCUGCCGGAGGACGAGUUCAAGCGCCAAAUUUGGCUGCUUUUUGAGUAUCCGGAGAGUUCGAGCCCUGCCAGGGGGAUAGCAGUCGUGUCCGUCUUGGUUAUAGUCAUUUCUAUUGUCAUUUUCUGCUUGGAGACGCUGCCGGAGUUCAGGGAUGAGAAAGAGUAUCUACAGCCACGACACAACUCCACUCAACCUGACCAUGGAUUUACUCCUUUCAACGACCCGUUUUUCAUCGUGGAAACGGUUUGCAUCAUCUGGUUCUCCUUUGAGAUUAUAGUCCGUUUCUUUGCGAGUCCGAGCAAACCGGCUUUCUUUAAAAACAUUAUGAACUCAAUAGACAUUGUAUCCAUUUUGCCUUAUUUCAUAACUCUCGGCACGGACCUGGCGCAGCACCAAGGCAACGGGCAGCAAGCGAUGAGCUUUGCCAUCCUGAGAAUAAUCCGCCUUGUCAGGGUGUUUCGCAUCUUCAAACUGUCCAGGCACUCAAAGGGGCUGCAGAUCCUGGGUCAUACCCUGCGUGCCAGCAUGAGGGAGCUGGCCCUCCUCAUUUUCUUCCUGGUCAUAGGUGUCAUCCUGUUCUCCAGCGCGGUGUACUUCGCCGAGGCGGACGAGCCCACCUCUCAGUUCACGAGCAUCCCCGACGCUUUCUGGUGGGCCGUGGUGACCAUGACCACGGUGGGCUACGGUGACAUGAAGCCCAUCACUGUUGGUGGGAAGAUAGUGGGCUCCCUCUGCGCGAUCGCGGGCGUGUUAACCAUCGCGCUCCCGGUGCCGGUCAUAGUGUCCAACUUCAACUACUUCUACCACAGGGAGACUGAUAACGAAGACCAGACGCCGGUGGUGGAGAGCAUGCCCCCGGGCUGCCCGUAUUUCCCGGACUUUCUAAGGAAAUUCAAAGGCUCAACCUCUGGCUCCUCGCUGGGUGACAAAGCGGAGUAUAUGGAGAUGGAGGAGGGGGUGACGGAGUCGCUUUGCGGGCUGGACAAGAGCCCUAGUAAAGGAAAUGGCACAGACAUAAGCAGGAAAAACAGUACUAACUCAAAAUCCAUUCAGACUGACGUGUGAUUACAAGUAGAGUUUCGUUUUUUCCUUUUUUUCUAAAGAAGAAUACGCCCUAUAAAGAUAUUGUAUGCCCAAGAGCAGGUGGUCUCCCUAACACAAGUUUUACGCACGCCUCAGAUCCCACACACACAUACACACACACACACUCAUACUCACAGGUCACCAAUUGGCAAGUUAAAAUAUUUAAUUCUCUCCAUCUCAGAACAAUUGUUUCUUCCAAAUCCUCUCCACGCUGAUUAAACUUUAGGAACGAGUAGAACAAUUAUAACCAAUAGUUACCUAAUGGGUUGAUUAAUGAAUUCAUCUAACCUGUGCGGGCUUCCAAAUCUGACAUCAAAUCGAAAUUCUAGACAUGACAGGCUAUGCAUUCGCACUUUAUGAGUUUCAUCUGUCAAUAACAGAAAGGGUAGGGAUGAUCGUUUUGCUGUUAUGCAAUAAAGUUCAAAUUUGUUUGCACUAAUGUAGACUUUACGCUGGGUUUGGCUGAUUUUUAUUUUAGAGACAGAAACUGUAGGCCAUGCAAAUGGCAAUAAUUUAGUCAUCCUCUGACCACUUAGAUGAAGAAUGUUUGAGCAACUUCCUCAAAGAGAGCAAACUAAGGAUAUUAAUAACCUCUUUCAUGCGCUGCCAAUACAAAUUGGACUCCUAUAAAGGAAAAGCCGAAGACAGAUAAAACACUUUUGUUACUGUUCCAACACAUAAUAUUAAUAAAAAAAAGCUCAUUGAUAAGACAUAGCAUUUAACAGUCAUCAAAUAAACCAGGGCUAUAAUUAUUUCUAUGACAUCUACACAAAUAUGCUUUUCCACAACAGGCCAAAAAAGGCCUUGUGUUGCUGACCCACCAGGAGAGCAAAGCACAGGAAUCAGAGUUAAAAAUGGCUGGAGAAAUGACUUGCCCCCGCCAGGUUUUGUAUGGACAGGCUUGGGGCCUUGGCGACAACAGUUUCCCCAGAUUCAUUUAAUCCACCUCAAAAUGACAAUAUCCCUUUACACGGACGCAGAUGGAAAGCUAUAGCAAAAAUGACUCUGUUGUGGAAAGUCCUCGGAGGGGAGUUUGCGAGCAACUUCCUCUCCUGUCCGCUGGACUUCGUGCACAAAAUAUUUUUUUUUUCCUCAAGAGGACUAUGAUUAUCUCCGAGCUCAGAGGAUCUUCGGGAUGUGGAUGUCUUCCAAGCGCUGCCAGUUUAAGGAGAGGGAGUAUCACAUCACACAUCUCUGGAAAUUGCAGAGAACAAGCAAAACAUUGUGACUGGUCAUCUUGAGCACGAGCGGAGACCGAAAAGCAACAACAACUGAACGGGACUCGGCAUUUGAACAAGUGGCGAUGAGAGCUACUGACUGACAUCAGUAAACAAACCCUCAAGGGUUGAGACUGGAGUUGGCAAAUGAGUAAGUCGUGGCCCAAAAUGAUUGCCUUAAUUACUACACAUAUACAGAUGUAUGACGUGAUAAAACUAAGAGACUUAUAAAAGUUCAAAGAUGUUUUCUUUACAUGUUAAAAAAAGUGUCUUGUAAGGAACAGAUGUGAAUAUUUUAAUAUGAUAGAGAUAAUGUUUGGUUGUAAUGUCGACAUAAUGUUUUAGUUGGGUCGGCUUCGUAGGUGUCAUUGGUUACUAAAUGGUGAGUUUGCUCUCUGCUUAUGUGCAGUCAGCAGUACGACUUAAUCUAUUUUUAUCUUGUUUCAUAUUGUCAACCAAACAAGGCUGGCCUGAGUUGCUCACUCAAAUGCUGGCACCAAACUCUUAAUUCACAUCGUGUCAUAACACAUGAAAAUCCUCAUUCAGAAAGUGUAUAGAGGGUUGGGAGAGAAAUACGAGACAUAUAUUGACUGGCUCAAUGCAACACACUGAAAUACAUCAGAAGAAUAUCCUCUUACAUUAAGAUCCACUUACACUAAAGCAAAGAUGUCAGGCACAUAAACACCAUCAUAAAUAUCUGCCACACUCACUUUCUAUCACAGAAAAAUAGCGGAUGAAACUCGCCGGGCUUUCACCGCCCGAAUCAUCGGCGUAAAGAUGAAAUACCUUAGGUUUUUUUCUCAGAUGCAAAUUUAGAGCUGACCAGCUGCUUUGUUGAUAUGUUUUCACUUUGAAUUUAACUGUAUGCAAAAGUAACAUGGACGUGUGUUAUAUAUUUUUUUAAACCUAGCCUUGAUAAUUACAUAACCAAAGGUGAAACCCUGAAUUUAUUGUAUGUUGUGGACUUCUGGAAAAUGUUGUGAUAUAGAUGCACACUGAAUAGGAAAAAAAUGUAAAUAGCAGACAUUUAUACUUGUGUGUCCUAAGAUGUGUUGCAGAUAGAGUAAUAUGAGACUUUUUACUUUCUUUGACUGUUACGACCAUCAACCAUAAUCAUCUGUGUUUGGUUUGUCCUCGCUGAUACAAUCAUGUUCCUCAUAUUGUUGCGAAUGCUGCUCCAACAUUCUUCAUUAUCAUGUUUUUGGCAGUUUCUUUCUUCUUCUUCCCCCCCCCCACAUACACACACAUACUGCCCAUUAAAAAUCCACCUACUCAUUUAUUUGGCAUACUAAAACAUGAGGUUGCUGUUGUUGUGCAGCUUUGUCUUAGACCUGCGAUGUUGCCCCUGAAUGAAAUGAUUCAAAAUGUCCGCUGACAUGACAGUUUUAUUUUUGUUUUUGGAAGUAGUAGUUAUAUCACAUAUUUUAAUAAAGACAGUGUUUUAUUUUCCUAUAUUUUCCUUCAAAAACAUCCUUUACAUACUGUGUCAACUAUAAUGGCACUUAAAAUGCUUGAACUUAGACCUCUUGAUCUUAGUGUCUUUUUCCUCUACUCCUAAAGAAAAUCCAAAGUUCACAUUGUUGUUCUUUUUCUUAAAAAUCCAUGUGGAAUUACCUCAAUAAUAGAUUCCCUCAGAAAAGCUGUUAACUGAAUGUUCCAGAUAUUUCCUGAGUGUCAGAAAAACCUGUAACCACAAAAUAGCCACAAUAGUUUUAAAAUAGAUGUCAAAAGUUUACUUUAUGGGGAGGAUGUUUUUUAUUGGAAAGGAGUAGAUACAAAUUAAGUUACCAAAACCAUUACCAGGAAUACCAGAAUACUCCAGCAAGGUUUAGAGAUUGUCAAAUCUGCAAAGUUGUUGUGUCUUUAACAGGUUACAUAAUAAUAAAAGUAAGAAAGAAAAGAAGAAAGGAAACUGAACAUGAAAGAAAUGAAUGACAGUGGAUUACAACAUCAGGUUGUAGCUGCUAUUUAAAUGUUUGUUUGUUUCGAGAGCAAAUCUUUAAAAAUCUAGUUAAUGUAAAGAUUAAGUAUUCGUUAUAUUAUUCCAAGAAUAGAAAAGUAAUAAAAGGAAAGCAAAACGAACAAAUUUUACAACAAUUCAUCUGUUUUGCGGGGGUUUAUUUGGUGAAAAUAUGCUUUCCUUGCCUAGAGUAAGAUGGGAAGAUCGAUACCAUUUUAAUGUGGGUACAAUAAAUAUGAAGCUACAGCCAGCAACCAGUUGGCUUAGCAUAAACACACUUGUUUAUUUAUGCUCAUAUCAAUAUUUUAAGAUCAUGAACUUAAUAGUUCAGUAUCUGGACCUCUAGCAUUUGCCUGGCAACCUCACAGUGACAACAAAACUUCAGUAAAUUACCAAGAAAUGGAAGUAGCCAACCAAGAAAUUGUUCGGCACACAACCCCUGAUAAAAUCACAACUUGUUGUUUUCUACACCCACCAAUUAAACAAACAAGAUAUAAAAUGCUAAUUAGUCAGCUUUAUAGGGGCAGGAAGGCAGAUUUUGUUACCUUUUACAGAGCCAGGCUAGCUAUUUCCCCCAUUUCCAGUCUUUAUGCUAAGCUAAGCUAACUGGUUGAAGCCAAAUAUUUACUGUACAGACAUGCGAGUGGUAUGGAUCUUCUUAGCCAACUGUCGCAAGAGAAAGAACAAGCGUCAUACCCAAAAUGUCGAACUAUUCCUUUCAGAGCUAAAUUAAAUUAAAAUAUCUGUAGAAAUAUAUUUCCAGAAGUGAUUUUAUUACACUAAUCUUGUCAGAUUAUGUGCCUCAAACACAAGAUGGUCCACACUUUAGGUGCUCGGCCGGCAGAGGCCUCAGUUCUGGCCUGGAGUUUGGACAUGGGAUCAGUCAGGAGGUCCCGGCCUGAAGAUUUCAGGCUGAAUGUUGGCUCACAUAAAGAUCUGAGAUGUAGCUAGCCCAGAUGCAGAACAGCCAACACACACCAACAGCCAAUAGUAGCCAGAAGCUGCACUGAGACAAAUUAAUCUAUCUCGUGAUAUGUUUAGCUACAGCUCGGUAUUAUCACAAGGCAGCACAAAAGACGCUAAGCCAAAGAGUAAUAUGCCCACAGGUUAAUAGAGAGAACAAGAACAGGAUCAGCCUGAGAGUUGAUCCCCAAAGCCAACACAUCCAAUCAAGCAGAACAAACAAGCACCAAAGGAGACUGAAGGAAAAUCUGUUCAACUGGACAGGCUCUAACCCAUUUCCUUAAUCUAUGAAUUAAAACAAUUUAUUUGGCUAGAGGCUGCAAUUAUGUCAAGUUGCACUGAUACAGCGCCCUCACUUAAAUCUGCUGUCAUCGAGAGAUCAGUAGUAACCCAGAGAAGGGCAGUGUACUGUAAUGUAUGAAGCAAGAAGAUAAUAAAGGCAGAUUUUGAAGCAGAUUGAAUAUUACAGGAAGGAAAUCAUUUAUCCUUGUGUGUGACCUGACUCGUGCACAGAAUUAAAAAGGUCAUAAUCCACAGUUAUCCACAUGGAUAUUUAUCAACUGGUCAUCCAGGUCACAUCAUGAGUGAAAUAGGAUGAGUGGAAAUAUAUCCUAAAGACGAAACAACAAAUACAUUUUUUAAUCGACUUAGUACUGCUAGAUAUUCCUGUGGAUGCUAAAAUUACCUGCAGUAAUAACUUUAGUGAUAACUGUUGUAAUUUGUUAGGGAGGUUAACAGUUAGUCUGUGUGGGGGCAUUAGAUAACUCACAGAACAGGAGGAGAGGAAAAAAUUUUACUUAUGAUCCUGGAAAACUCACUGGGGCUACAUUUAUAAUGUUUCUGAACACGAGCAAAAACAGCUCAAGUCAUAGCUACUGGCCAGAGGAGGAAGUGGAGGAGAUUCACCCAACACAGUUUAACAAAUUUUCAGUUAUGAUGCUAAAAAACAACAAUUUAAAAGAAAAUAAUUGUUGGGGAUUGAUUUCACAUUAAGAAGGGCUAUCUCUGUGUGAGAAACUGCUUUUCUGUUGAAGCUCACAUAUGUCCUAAACAAGUCUGAGACUCCUCCAAUCCUCUAUGCUUUCCACAAAUCAACUAGGCAAGAUUAACUUUAAGAUGAAUGCCUCCCUUAAUCAAUAACAAAGGAUUUCUUCUAAAAAGCAACCAAUUGACCACAGAUCUCAAGCCAUGCAAAACAGCCCAGUGCUAAGAUUUAGUGAUGUACUAAAUUUCACUGCUUUCAGUGUUGCCAGAUUUGACUCAGACAAAACAGCCCAAUUGGAUUCUCAAGCCCACCCCACUGUCAUAGAUAUAGCUACAUUUUGUAUUUUUAAUAUAUAAUAUAGGUACUGGGAAGGAGCCUCAGGUCGGUCCUCCAUCCUCAGAUCGUCUGUUUUAUUUCUAUAACCAGGCAAACCCCAAACCACCCAAAACAAGGUUACAAUACUGAAAAAGUAUCUCAACCAAACCUUUUGGAUAGGGAUUAAAUGUUUGAAUGUAAAAAGCCCUACCUAGUUGUAAUAAACUGAAAUGCCAUUUGUUUUUAUUGAUCAUCUGUUAUCAGUCGUUGUGUGUGUGCGCUACUCAGAGGAGAGGAGGAGACAAUUCAAUGGGAAAUAGACACAUUGUUUUGUCAGAGGAUACCGUCCAAAUGAUACAAAAAGUAGCCCAAAUGCCCAAAACAAUUUUUAAAAUACAGAAAGUAGAGAAACUGGAUGGAAAACCACCCAAUCUGGCAACACUGACUGCUUUUGCCCACAGUGAUCAGGAUGGAUGUGUUGAUUCAAAACUACUACUUCCACAUGGUGACGUUAUGGUUCAUGUAUUGAAUUUGGUUUUAAAAAAAUCUCACUUUUAAAUGUUUUUUGUCUCUAAGAGCUGAGGGACAUCUUUACAAAAAACAACCUGACUAAGCCUAAUAUCUUCACAUUGCACCCAGGCAGCACUGUAGACGUCUCCAUACGGCUCAGUCUGAUAUUACUUACCACGGACACAUACACAAAUAAAAGGGAUAAAAACUAGAGUGUUUACUGUAACAUCCACAGUGUUAGAUAACACCAGGAACCCGUUUUAUGUCUUAAUCUCCUUAUAAACAAGUUGGCUUAUAAGGAGCACUGCAAAACUGUUGAACAGUGACGCAGUUUGUAUUUGUUUAGUACUCGUGCUGGAUAUUACGUGACUGACUGGAUUUCAGGUUGUUUUGCACCAUCUGCCUCCUGCAGAACAGUAUUAGCGCUCUUUACUGCAAAUACAAUGAUUACUGUGUUUGCCUGGUCACAUCUGUAUUUAGGAAAUUGUCUCAGGUAGGAGACAAAUAAAUGCUUUGCAGAAUUAAUAAGUGUUUGUUGAAAGUCCUGUACAGCUAAUAUCAGCAUAUCACUCAAUUUACUGGGUUAAUAACAAGGUUACCACACGUCACUUGAUCUGAGAAAUACUCAAUGGCCACUAGACAAGUUGUCAUUCGGGUAAUAAUUAGAAGAUAACACAUUCUUUAAGAGAUUAUGAUAUUGAUUAAAUGAUAUUAGCCUUUAUUAUCUUAAACAUUACCCAACUUUAAAACCUGGAACACCGUUUCUGGUUCAUGUAUGUGAGUGUACCAGAGUAGUGAGAGGACAGAUUGUGUUUUGAUAUAUCAUGAAGGGGAAUUAUAUGCUGAAGUGUUGGAAUUAGCAUUUCCACCUAUUUAAUGACAACCACAGAGUUGACACAGUUCAGUGUAAGGUGUGGUUUGAAUACAAAAACAGUUACAAGCACACACACCCACAUACACAUCUCGUGGUCAGAGCACCUGGAGAGUCACCGCAGUUCAGUGCUGUCGGAGUUUCCUUGAGCAAAGCAACCUCUGCCUGCUUCAGGACUGCUUCUCUUGGCUGCUGCUGUCCUCUCUGGGUGUCUCAAAGGGCACGCUUCUAAUUACACCAGCCCUCGUUCAUCAAGCUAUAGGACAUUAAAAUGUUCAUUUAAAGUAGGUGAAAUCAAAGAGAUAUCUUCUAUUUUAAUAAUCGUUUUAGUCAUUUUCAAAGAAAAAAUGGCAUCCUCUGGUUCCAGCUCCUCAAAUGUGAGAAUUUGAUGCAUUUGCCAAUUUGCCAUAUAUGAUAGUAAACUGAACAUGUUUUGAGUUUUGGACUGUCGAAUAAAACAAGCAAUCUGAAUACAUCUCCUUGGGCUGUGGGAAAUCAUAACAGGUAUUUUGCACUAUAUUCUGACAUUUUAUUGACAAAACAAUUCAUCAACAAAAUAAUUGGCAGAUUAAUCAAUAAUAAAAAAUAAUUGCUAGUUGCAACCCUAAUGGAAAACAAAAUAUAAUGUAAUCUCCUCAUGCUCUAUGAUAAAUGACCUGUGCUCUGUGAUAUGGCAAUGUAAUGUUUCAUAUGACUUUUGGUAAUAAAAAGUAAAAUGCUCAAUUCCCUGAGAGCUCAAUGCACUGCAACAUAAGAAAACACACGUGAAUAGACAAAACACAAGCAAGUCAUCAACACAGCAUUUAGGGGGGAAAAGGUGCAAAGACAUUUUAAAAAAGGGUAAAUUGACACACCCAAAUACAGAAGUCACAACAAAAUACAGAAAAAUGUGUUGUCAAAUUGGUGAAGAUGUUUGCUUGAUUUGAUUGUGUUUUCUUUAAUUGCAGUGUGUUGACCUCUCGGGGCAUUAAAAGUGUGAUUUAACAGCCUGCAGACAGUCUCAAAGAUGCACAAGCUCUUUUUUGGAAGCACAGGCAGAACACACAUGGAUGAUUAGACGCUGUGUACUUUAGCCUGUAUAGACCAAUUACCAUGGUGACAGUCUGUAACCGCAGCAGAUCUUUUGUCAUGUUACAUUCAACAGACUACAUGUGGGGCACGGCACAUUUCCCCUCAACAAGCCUCCAAAUGUAUAGGUUAAGAAUCAUUAAGCAUGUAUAAUUUUGACAUAUAAUGUGUAAAUGUAAAGAUGUCUCUGGUUCAUCGACCUACAGUAUAAUCUGCAUUUAAGUGAGAAAGUCUCAGCUGUGAAUCAACCAUGACAAGUAUCUUUGGGUCAUUUUGUUGUAGUUUCUGAACUUUACUCUAUGAGAGCUUGAUGAAGGAGGUCCACUGUGUGUUGAAUAAAAAAAUGAAGUACACAAACAAAGACAAAACAUACAAAUGAAGAAUAUAUUCAGAUGUGAAUUUGACGGGAAAAGGAUGGGAUUCAAACCCAUAAUAAUCAGGUGUCUAUGCAAGCUGGUGCAGUUUGGUCAGCCAAGGCCACAGCCAUUUAUAUACGGUGGUUAUAAUCCAGUAUAUCUACAUUAGUCAUUAUGAUUCUCACAAUCAUCUCACCUGCAGAGAGAGAAACUAUCGACAUGCAGCCAGCAGAGAUGUUGCUGCAAUGCUGUUGUGCUGUACCGACGCAGUGUGGAUAGUCUUCAAUAAUGGCGACUGCAUAAUUGUUUUUUGGGACAAUGGUGGUGCAUUUGUUUUAAUGUUACUGCUUCACGUAUGUGUAGGCUUGAUAUUCAAACUGCCACUGCCUUGUCAGUCAUAAAAAAGGAGGGAAAUCAUUAUCAAUCAGCAAAGGAAAACUGACAGUAACUAUUAACGAACAUGUAAAAUAUUUCUACAGUUCAGGUGUUUGAGAAAUAUCCAUGUGAGUUUUGGCCAGCCUUGCUUUAUUCUGCAUGAUGCUUUGUUUUGAGAAAAAUGCAUCCUAACCCAAGCUAUGUUUAUAUUCUUUUCCCGAGGGUGCUCCUCUCCUUCUCUUUCUCUCUCUCUCUCUCUCUCUCUCUGUAUCUUUGGAGCUUGUCACUUCUAACCUUAAUUCUUCUUUUAUGUUUUUUCUUCUUUGUUUUAUUUUUUUUGGUAAUUCUUCCAACUUCUGGAUUUUCUACAUUCAUAACAUUUUGUAGACAGCAAUAUGAGAUGUGAUUGAAAAAUGGAAUAUGUGCAAUGUUGACUAAAGAAAAAUAUAAUAUAUUCAAUAAAAAUUCA